AUGGCGGGGCUACCAAAGCGGAUAGUGAAGGAGACGGAGCGUCUGAUGGCAGAGCCUGUUCCAGGCAUCAAUGCAGUUCCUCAUGAAGAUAACCUACGGUAUUUCGACGUUCGAAUCCAUGGCCCAACACAGUCACCCUAUGAAGGAGGAGUUUUUAAGCUUGAAUUAUUUUUGCCAGAAGAUUAUCCCAUGACGCCUCCGAAAAUUCGUUUCCUCACAAAGAUUUACCAUCCAAAUAUCGACAGGCUGGGGAGAAUUUGUCUCGAUGUGUUAAAGAAUAAUUGGUCACCAGCGUUACAAAUUCGGACAAUCCUUCUAUCCAUCCAAGCAUUGCUUGGUGCACCCAACCCCGAUGACCCCCUUGCCAACGAUGUUGCGCAGCGAUGGAAAGAAGAUGAGCCUGCAGCUAUCCAAACAGCCAGAGAGUGGACAAGGACGCAUGCAAUGGUUUGA